AUGCCAAAGGUGGCCAUCGCACGUUCUUUCAAUUGUUCCCGUAAUACAGUAUACCAUGUCAUUGAUUAUUAUCGUCGUCAUAAUGAUGUGAAUUAUACAGAUAGAUAUAAUGCUGGUCGUCCACGUGCACUCGAUUCAACACAAAUUGAACAACUUAAUCGAACUAUACAACAAAACCGAUCAGCUACUGGCGCUGAAUUACUUUCACUCACAAACUUCAAUACUUCCGAACGCACGAUACGACGUUAUCCUUUAUCUCUUGGUUAUCGUCCUCGUAAAUCUGUUAUCAAAGUCAAGAGCAACAAAUUAGAUGAACAAAAGCAAUAUCAAUUUGCUGCAAUGCAUUGUGAUGCUGACAUCAAGAAGUAUAUUUUUGAAGAUGAAUGUUACUUUGGUUUGAGAAAUACGCAACAAGUUGUUUGGUGUAAGCGAGGAGAACCAACACCCAAGAAGGAAAUUUCAUCUUUACGGGCACAUGUUAAUUUAAUUGGUUUCAUUUGGUGGAAUGGUUAUGUCUUUCGUCGAUUUAAUGGCUGGUUAAAUAGUGAUACAUAUUGUGAAACAGUUAAUGAAAUUUUGUCUGGAAAUUUACGAGAAUUAAAUGGAUUCUUAUACAUUUCUGAUGGAAUUAGAUGGCACAGAAGUGCUCAAUUCCAGCAAUAG